AAAGAGAAGUCUGGGAAAAAACACAGACAGAUAGUGGAAAAACACAACACGGGGAUUACCAAAGCAGUUUCAUAAACAAGGAAACUUUUUUCAGUUGUAUGCAGAUGUUCAGUGAAAACCAGAUGCACCAUUUAUAUAUUUAGUGUUUAGAGUUUACUGUAGACAGACUAUCAAUAAGCCAAUAGUAAACUAGCUGUUUAAAAUACCUUUUAAUUUAAUAGAAAAUCAUUUAUGCGGAAUAUUGUUCGAUAUUUGAGCUUAGUUUUAAAACUUUAAGAAAAUUCUGAAUAAAUCUGAAAAAUGAUGGGUUCUGUUGGUGUUGGUGGUCAUAACCUUGGCUUUGGUCCUACGGUACCCCCUGAACUGAGGAAAUUACAAUUGGAAAAAGUUCAUUCUUGCUUUAAAGUUGCCAUUUUGUUAUUCUCAGUGAUGAUAGUUGUGAUGGGCUUUGUAUCAGUGGUGUUGGGAAUUACAGUUACAGUCUUUAUAAAAACCAAUGAACCAUAUCCUCGGUUUCCAAUAACAGGGGCAGGAAUAUGGGCUGGGCUAGUGACUAUUGGAGUGGGAGCUGUUGGUGUUAUAUCAGGACAUAAAAACGCAAAUGCAGAUCAGCUCAAGACACUGAUGGUAUUUACUGUUAUUGCUGUUCCAUGUCUCAUUGUUCAAGCUGUAUUUGCAGGGAUGUGGGCAACAAGUGAGAAUUCGGCAAUUUCUGGAAUAUCAUAUGGCUUACUUGGUCUUGCAGCAUUUUCAUUAUUUUGUUUCAUAUUUGUAAUCACCUACGGAUCGUCAUUAGCUUUUUGUAUUAUGCCUGAAAUGGAGGGCAAGACACCGUGUUGCUACUGCGACAUACAGACACAAAUGAAUCACCAAGAUAUUCAGAAAAUUCAACAAUAUUACCAAAACCAGAAUGCAACAGGAAUUCCAGCACAAUCACAAGCAACUAACUUUCAAAGUGAAUAUUGGACAAAGCAAACUUCAGUUCCCAUCACUAACCCACCACCUUACCCAACAUAAUUAUCUAAAACAGACAUUUAUUUGACUGAUAAUCAGUUACAUUUCAGUUAUGUAUAAAUUUUUGCCUAAGCGCAUUUUAACGACAUAUUUUUGCUAGUAACUCUAUUAUCUAACUCUACUAGUAAUGAGAAUUGUUUUUUUUGUUUUAAACGUGUAAGCAAAAACUGGAAAAGCGCAUGCUGUAUUAUUAAGUUCUACUUCUUCAAAAUAUUUUUUUUUACGUUGCUCAUUUGCUUUGCCUUUACAAAACAAUCAAAUUAUCGUUACCAUCUAAUGAUACUGCACUUUUUUGACCUAAACAUAUUGCACUUUCAAAUGAAUUAAUGAUCAACCAAUUAUAUUCACGCAUGACACAAACUAGAAACUACAGCACAUAACUGAUAUCAAAUUAUACAUUACUUUUUUCCCACAUUUUUUCAGAUGUGACAUUUUACCUUGAACUAUAAUGUGUUCGUAUUGUAUAUAAAUCAACAUUAUGACUAAAAUAUUACAAAAUAAGUAACAAAUUAUAUAUG